GCUGAGCGUACGCGUGCGGAAUGACGUAGCCAUCCAGAAGUCUGUGCGAUGGCGGCGCAGUUGGGCGGCGGUCCCGGUUCGUCUCGGCCCGCAGCGGCUGCGGAUCACUCGGUGCUUGUGGUCGUUGGGGCGCUGCAGCCCAGCGGGCUGCUGGAGCUGGUACUGCGGCAAAUAGAAUCAGGUGUGCGCUGCUGGCAGAUGGAUCUGGAGGUUCCGGUUCUGGAUCAGCAGCUGAAGCUCUUUGUGUCGAGACAUUCGGCUUUUCUAUCUGAAGAUGUUCGAGGUCAGCGGACUCUGCAGCACAGUGGAGAAGUUCUGGAUACUCGGGUUGUGGUGAACCCGGCCCACAGCUUUGUCUGCUCAGAGGUCCAGCGGCUGGUCUGCAGCCCGUCUCGGCACAAGCUGCUGGUUCUGGCCGGUCAGUGUGUGGAGAACAGCAGAGACCUCGUCCUGCAGCAGGGCUGCUUCUCCUUCAGGGACUUUGUGCAGAUAUUUGCUGAUGAGGAGGUUGGGGAGCUGCUAAGUUCUGCUGACCCAGUUCAGAAGGCCAGUCUCACCCUCAGCUGUCCCGUUCUUGGGCUGUGGAAGGAAUCAGAGCUGCAGCAACAGAACCUGCAGGACUUCAUAAGCAUCCGGAUCAACCCGGGCCCCGUUCUGCCAGAGAUGGAGGGUCUGCAGGAGUUCACAGAGUACCUCUCUGAGUCACUGGAGCCCGACUCGCCCUUCAACCUGCUGGAGCCGCCCAGCACUGUGGGCUUCCUGAAGCUGUCCAGACCCUGCUGCUACGUCUUCCCAGGCGGGCGAGGAGACUCCGCCUUCUUCGCUGUCAACGGUUUCAAUGUCCUGGUAAACGGUGGCUCGGAUCCCCGGUCCUGCUACUGGAAGCUGGUCCGACACCUGGACAGGAUUGACUCGGUGCUCCUGACCCACAUUGGCGUUGAUAACCUGCCAGGCCUAAACAGCCUGCUGCUGAGGAAGGUGGCCGAGCAGAACCAAGAGGCUGCCGGAGCUGACCCCGGAGAGGACAGGAUGAAGAACCUCAUUUCUCCAGAGAUCGGCGUGGUUUUCUUCAACGCUCCUGACAGACUAAAGACCAUCAAGCCGGAUCCCAGCCUACUGCAGGGCUGUGACCAGGCAUCGGUCACUUUGCUAAACUUGCAGAAGCUGUCAAUAAGACCUGAACCUUUAAGCAGGCUCAAUGGACCCACCAUAGAACCACUGAUCUUGUUUCAAAAGAUGGGGGUGGGCCGUCUGGAGCUGUACAUCCUAAAUCCAGUCAGAGGCUGUAAGGACCUGGAAGCUUUGCUGCAGCUUUGGCCAAAUGGCAGCACCAGCACAAAGAGCCCCAGUCUUCCCCUAACGUGCCUGGUUUCCAUCUGUGCCUUGUUGGUUUGGCAUCCAUCCAGCCCCCAGGAGAGGAUUAUCAGAGUUCUCUUCCCCGGAUGCACUCCUCAGACCAAAAUCCUGGACAGUCUUGAAAAACUCUCACAUGUAGAUUUCCUCAAACAGCCGUCUGUGAGUCUGGAGGAGCUGGAAGCACCCAAAACCCAGAAACCUCUAAAGCGUGAAGAGAGUCGAGAAAGUCUCAAGUUCCCGUCCAAAGACCAUAAACCAAACAGUGCCUUACAGAAAGACAAACCUGCACGGGUCGAAGUACGAAAACCAGAAUUGAAGAUGAAGAGUAAAGCAGCAGGCGAAUCCGCCCCUAAGAAUGUAGAAGAAAAGGGCAAAGUGAAGGAGGCCGACAUGAAACCAAAGCAGGCAAAGACUUCUGAGAAACCUAAUCCAAAGAAAGACGCGCCAAAGGAGGACAAGAAGGAAGGGAAGAAGAAGGACGAGAAGUUGACUGCUCAUUCUGUGAAGAAGGAAGAUCUCACAGAGAGGAAGAAGGAAGUUGCGAAGAAGGACACAACAAGUCUGAAGGCUAAGAAAGAAGCUAAAAAUGAACCAAAAAAAGACAGUAAGAAGGACGGUAAACCCGAGGAGAAGAAACCAGUAAAAUUGCCGGUUAAAGAAGUGAAGAAAACUCCUGGAAUCCCUUCAACUGGAGCUACAGACCAAAAGAAAGGUUCAGGGAAAACUGGAAAUAUAAAGAAGGAUGGAAUGCUUCCCAAGAAAGACCCGCUAAACAAGGAAACAAAAGGAAAGGUGGGAUCCAAGGAAAUCCAGAAGGAGGCCAAAAGCUCAAAGACUUCAACGCCUGAGGAUGUGACCGGGGAGCUCAGCAGGCUUUGUCUGGAAGAUGCCAACGGAAACAGGGGUCCGGAUAAGGAGACUACAGGGACUUCUGAGGGAACAUCAACCAGUGGGGACCAAACCUCCACAGCAGAGAGUCCAGAGAAGUUCCGCUCUGUGGAGGCGGACCAACAUUUAGUCAAAACUUCUUCACCUCUUGCCAAAACACCCAAAGGUGAGCUCAGUGUUAACUUUGACCUCACCCCAGCAACAUUCCUGGUGCCUGAGGGUUCCCCUAGAAUCCAGGCUGAGGAGAAAACUCUGGAGCUGGUUUCUCCUGCGGACUCUGCUCCAAACAGCGCUGGACACACCCCCUUCCAUCAGUCUCCUGAAGACAACACCAGAGGCUUUGGAGAGGACAGCAGCCUUGAGGCGAGAGGCUCCAGUCUGGGCUUUGAGGACUACCACCAGGGGGGCUCAUGCAGAACUUCAGAUAACAGCUCCAUGCGUGAAGGACUGGAAAACUCCACAUCAUCUCAGGAUAAAUAUUCCAGCCUUCUCAGUCCUGUCAUGGACAUGAUACCAGACUCCUCCCCUACCAUGACCUCAAUGCCAGCUGAGGUCGGCUCCCCCUUCUCCACUGAGGUUGAUUAUUCACUUUCAGUCUCUUCAGAGAAAGUUCCUUCCACCAAAAUCUGUACAAACGAGCACAUAGUCGACUCAGACGGCAGCAGUGGCCCACUUCCUUCCAUCAGGUCUAACCAGAAUGGAUGUGGAUCCAGGGAGAACAUUCAUGAGAUGUCAGAGCUUACCUUGGAUAUUCCUCAUGAUGUUGACUUGUGCCUGGUGUCCCCCUGUGAGUUCCAGCAUCCGAGAACCGCAGAGAACCAUCAACAUCAGAUGAAUCCCGGUGCCUCACUAGAUCUGUCUGAGAACGAUCCUUCCCAAAACCGAGACAGCAGUGAAACCUCAACCUAUAGUCAGGUCACGCCCCCAACGUCAGUUAGUGACUCCCUGCCAACUGCCACAGACUCUGACAUCCCUCCCAGCACUGAGGACUGCCCCUCUAUCACCGCAGACCUGGACUCUGAUGAAGACUCCAGCACGUUCCUCCCUGGUCAGCCACACAAUCAUUCCAGUCAGCACUGCAUCAGCAGGCAUGACCCGCCACCAGCUCCGGUUAAAGACCUGCCCCCACUGCCAUUCCAGAGAGGGGCCUGCAUGACAGACCCAGAGGCUGACAAAGGCCCGAAGACCCUCCCUGCCAAGAAGAAACCGCUGCAGAGAACUGCAUCAGGGAGCAGCUCUGUCCAGAGCACCAGGUCCAAAGCUAGUUCCAGCGGGUCCAUGAAAACCAGUCUGGAGACCAAACCAUCAGCACGAAAUUCGCUUGGUGGAUCCAAGGUUGGACCUGCAAGACCACAAUCAUCAGGUUCCAGGUCGGCUACUACUCCUGGUUCUGAAAGUCCGGUGGUUUAUGUGGACCUAGCCUAUCUUCCAUCUGGCGCUGCAUCCUCCACCGUCGACCAGGAUUUGUUUAGACGCCUGCGUUCUUCUUAUUAUAUCAUCAGUGGAGAUGAUCCGGUGAAGGAGGAGAUGAUGAGGAGCAUCUUGGAUGGUCUGCUGGAAGGGAAGAGCAGCUGGCCCAACAUUCCGGUGACCCUCAUUCCAACCUUUGAUUCAAUGGUGAUGCACGAGUGGUACCAGGAGACGCACGAACGUCAGCGAGAGCUCAAUCUGACCGUGUUGGGUAGCAACAGUACUGUCGCCAUGCAGGAUGAGACGUUUCCUGCUUGUAAGGUGGAGUUUUAAACUCAGGUUCCACCCACCUGCCUUUCAACCUCGCAGCAGAAUGUACCUGCUAUACUGUAAGCGAGCAUGCUCAGAAAGAAAUGUAUACUCCAUGUUUUUCUUACCUGUGUGACAUCAUGGUCCUUUCCCAGCUGCUGGAUUAGCACCUUCAGUACAAAAAAUAAAACAGGUUUGAGCAGAACUUUCUUCUCACCUCGUUAAAGCAGGUUGAGCUUAUGUUUUCUUUUUUUAAAGAGUCAGACCAGAACCUCUAGCUCACCUCGUUAAUGUUUGUUAAAUUCAAUAAAAAUUAGCUGGAUUAGAACUUAAACUGGGUUAUCUAAAUGGAAUUGAAUGGAAUGUUCUCUCAGACGAGGAUAUCUGGAUAAAUUAAAGUCAAAGGUUAUCGGAAAUAUUCAGAGUUAUGAGGAAAUUCUGUCAUUUGUUCACACUUGAUGCCAAAUGUCAGUCAGAACAAGGUCCAGACUAUAAAGACAGGAGUGUGUUUGCUGCGGAUGUUUUGAGCAAAGUCAUUAGAGUCCAUGAUGGCAUUAAAGCCUGCAUUCAAGCUAUCAGUUUCAGUAUGAAUGUUAAGGUCCCCCACUAUUAUGGCUGUCAGUAUUUAACACUAAAUCAGUUUGGAAGUCUGAAAACUGAGAGUAAGGAUCUGGUGUACGAUGCUAAACAAAAAAUAGAGGUUUAUUUUCAUGCCUAACAAAUUUGGGUUUAGGAUUUAGAAAGUUCAAUUGGCUUUGGAUUAAUCAGUUAGUCAGACUGAAAGAUGGUUGCUACCCCUUCAC